AUGCCCAAAACGCUAGGGCUUUGGGAAUGGGGAUGCCCAAAACGCCGUGACACCGCCAUAUUGGAAAACGAGAAGACCCUGGGGACGAGAUUGGCUUUAACAGCAAUGGCGGAAGAAGGAAAUAGCCGUCCAAUUCCAUCUGGUCAUGACGAGCAGUUUGUUAACCCACCUGAUGAAGACCUUCAUUGCAUAAUAUGUUUUCUGCCGUCGAAAGAACCGGUUCUUACAAGAUGUGGUCACAGGUUUUGCCGGCAGUGUCUCGAGGAAUAUAUGCGAAGGUAUUCUUAGACUUCCUAGCUGCACUACUACCUGAAAGCUUCGGAUUCAUAGUUUUUCUGUUCUUAUCAGAUGUGUAUAUUGUAUAUGUUACAGUAACAACAUUAUCAGUACCGGUCAAGAGAUCAUGAUCUUUUGGUACUGUGUUAUACAAGUAGGCUAGAUAGCUCUUGGUAAAACUUGUUGAUUGUUAGUGAUCUUUGUGAUAGGUAUUGAAAGAGAUUGCCCCUGCUUUUAAGGAUGUACUAGUAAAUUUCUCAAGUACCUUCAACUUAUGGCACCAAAUACAAAACGGUGUCUAAAUGAACGGCACCCGAUCAAAGUGUUCCGUUCAGACAGUCCGAUCUGCAUUUGUCUGGUGUCUACUAGAUUUGUUUCGUACGUAUCGGAGAUAAGCUAAUUAGGUAUAGGGGUUUAAUAUUAGGAUACAAGGAAUACAGAUGCUUGCCACUAGGUUACACUACGCUUAAUGAUCUUGUUGUCGGCCGCCCAUAUAACAACAACCGACACAACCGAUACAACACAGUCGGCGCAAGGCCCAUAAUGAUCUAGUUAAUUCCUCAUAAUAAAACGCGAACAAAGCUUCCUUUUACUUUCAAUUGAGACUUGAAAAUUCUUUAAGAAUAUCUUCUUUUAAAAAGCUUUAGUAUUUGGUAUUGAGUACUGUUUUUAAACGGAUGAAGUCGCUCCAGAGCGUACAGCCCUAAACGCUAGAGUACGUUUGUAUGUGUUCGCAAACAACUUAAACGAGCCUGUGUGUAAGUUUUAUGAUUUAAUUAAAUUUGACUGUAGCGAAGCGUAACGCUGUGGUUAAAGUAGAGUUGAAGAGAAUAACUUUACUUCUCUGAUUGUGAUGGCUAUAGGCUUCGAAGUGUACUUGUAGUUUCUAAUCCAGUAACAGCUAUCGUGCUGUUGGGAACCCGCUAAAAAUUACUAUAUCUUUGGAAUGUUCUAACUGUAAUGUCAGAAUCUUAAACUGCUUUGCACAUGUGAUGUUUGUGUUCAGUCAUGAAUCACUUCAUCGAUCAUGUAAUGGAGCAUUUGAUUAGAUGCCGAUUAAAAUAGGCUGAAAAUGAGAAAAGAGGAGAAAGGGCCAGAGCCGCAGUGUUUUACACCCUCUUAAAAUAAGAAUACAUUUUAAUCAAAACAACGUCGCUUGUUAUUCAUUUAAAAUAUUUGCCCCCAUUUCUCCCGCUAGUUCUCCAUAACCAUGCUAGCGUUGUCCAAAUUUGGAAGAAGCUAGCCAAGGCCAAAAGCGAAGCUCUUGAGGAAUCUUUUAAAAAAAUGUUUUUCUGAAGUAAUUCAAUUUUUGCCAUAGGCAGAAAGCAAACUGAAUUACACCUUUAAAAAUGGACCUAGGUCCGCGAUCAAUUGAAGAUCAAAAACUCGUCAGCAGAUAACUUUAAAAAUACGUCACCUCAAUGAAUUGUGUAUUUGAGCCCGCGAUAAAGUCAAGUGACACUGGUCAGUGGAUACCCUCUUUGACAGCUGUCGAUUGACCAUAACAUGGAUGUCCAAUGCCAAGUUAAACACAAAAAGUAUAUGCCUGGGACUUUUAUCUAAAAAGUGUGUGUCAGAAACAACAUUUAUUGGAUGCAUAGAUACCAAAUUUCCUUACCCAUGGUGUUUCGCUGAGGGCGCUUCUCGCACGCAAGAGCUUUGCUAAAAAGACGUCUAUUAAGCUAUCGUUAGAAAAGAGACAGCCACUGAAAAGCCGUGGGGACGUUUUUGAAUUAUGCGUGUGUUUUUAGCCAAUUAGAAACCGAGAAAUAUUUUAAAUGAAUAAUAAUUAUCGAUUAUAGAAUGAGGCUGAGUAUCAUCUAAAGAAUUGUGAAGAUCGAGGAGGGUGUUAUUACACCAUCCGAGAUCUCCAUAAUUCUUCAGAUGAUACCAAAGCCGAAUUCAAUAAUUGUCUUAUUACUCAUUCAAAAAAUUCCUAGUUUAAAAACAGGCUAAAACAUGCUUACUUCCAUCGAUGUUAAGUUCAUCUUCGAUAAUGCACGUUAAUCGGCAAGUUUAGGAGCCAAGGGUUGUUCAGCUUCGCAAAUAUUCUCCAAAUAGCAGAUGUCGCCCUUCGAGUUGUCUUCUUGCUGUUCUUGCUAUGUUAUUAGGCAAUCGUGGGCCUAUUUCUUGCCGGUGGAACAAGUAAAAUGUUGGGACAUUUUUGUUCUUACUACCAAAACAACUCAACCUCGUGAUUUUAACCAAUCAGAAACGAAGAAAUAUUUUGAAUGAAUAAUAAUGACCAAUAUUUAACAAUUUUUGAAUGAGGCUGAGUUUCAUUUGAAGAAUAAUGGAGAUCGAGGCGGAUAACCGGCCCUUCGAGAUCUCCAUAAUUCUUCAUAUGAUACGAAAGCCGAAUGCAAUAAUUUAUUUUAUUUUUAUUUUGUUUUAUUUAUUCAAAAUAAUCGUCUAGCCAAUAAGAAGCGGAGAAAUAUUUUAAAUGAAUAAUAAUGUUUAUUAUCAAAGGCAGGAGCAAGAGGGCCACCAGAUAACAUGUCCUUCGGACAGAGAAGCCCUGGAACGAAAUAAGGUAUUACAAGUGCAAUAGGAACUGGUUUUUAGACGUCACUACUGCGACGGCAACGAGAACGUCAAAAGAACAAAAGGUUUAGAUUAGCUAAACAACAACUUUGCACGUGCAUCGCACUUUUUUUGUAAUUUCUUUGCCGUCACUGCACGACUUUGACGUAAGGUUGACUAGUUUCACGUUUUAUGGACAACGUGAACAGUUUUCCUUUUCAACUUGGAUAUUUUUGUUUAGGCCGUGACGUUUUCGUCUCCGUUGCCAUCGUUGUAUCUUACACUUCCUUAUUCUUACUGUGACACAGGCAAAGAGCUCAACUUUACUAAAAGGAGAGAAAAAACAAUCAGGAAAUUAUUUUUUGAAUAAGUAUCUUCUUCCUUUUUUACAUUGUAGGACAUAUUCCCUGACAAACUAGCCGAAAGAAGGGUGUUGUCACUUGUCAUCAAGUGUCCCAGUGAGUGUUGCAAGUGGACUGGUGAACUGAGAGAAAAAGAGGUUAGGAUUGUUUACCCUCGAAACUUUGACGUGCCUUCUCCUUCGAACGUCCCUGUCCAAUAAACUUUUGGUUGUUCAAAUUUCCAUCCCCAAUACUCAAAAGAGCAUUCAAUGCCCCUUUUCCUGUAACUUUUAGGAGACUGGAAUAUGACUCUUUUCUGGACUUUCUAAAAGUCCUAUUUCCCUGGUUGUUUAUACUUGUUUAAGGACAUUUCAUACCUGUUUGGAGCGAAAUUCACCGGUCGAAAAUUCUAACAGUGAUGUCAUGACAAUUGACCAAUAGGACAGUGAGUGAUACUUCACGCCGCUCCCGACACGGCAUAUGUCAAUCAUUUUUUCCCGCGUGAAUUUAUAAUAUGAUUCAAAUCCAUUCAGGCGAAACAAGUCGACCUCGAGACUUACCGUCGCUCGCUCGGUCGCUGCGCGACCUCAUGCAUUGACGCUGGCUUCGCUCACUUUUAAGAACUUAUGAGAGGUCAACUUGUAGCAAGUCUAACUCGUUUCGAGCACAGCCUUUUCCUUCACUUUUGCACUAGGACGGCGACGGUUCAGAAUUUAUGUGUAGAUCAAUAAUAGAUUAACUUUUAAGGGCCACCGUUGACUAUCAGGAAACUUUUUCUCCCACAUACAUACUCAGUGGUGAACUCACGGUGAAGUCAAUAAAUGAGUUCUGCGCCAAAUGAACGACAGUAAACUCCACGCAAAAGCGUUUCUUUAGCACUGAUCUACGUAUUAUAUAACGCGAUGCGUCGCCCUAUUAUGAAACUUGCAUUUGCAAAAAUUACCUCUGACGGACUUGGUGUUUAAUAUGUAUAGCGCGAAUCUAAGGACGGGUCUUGGGACUCCUUUUGAUUAUUUUCACAGAACCACUUGGCCUCUUGUCCUUGGAAAAUUGUUUCUUGCACGAAUGAAAAAUGUGGAGAGAACGUUGCCAGAAAGGAUUUGACUGAACACGUGGUUAACGCGUGCGUAUGGAGAAUUUUAAGUUGUCUUCAUUGCAAAGAACACCAUCUACAAUGCCAGAUGGAGGUAAAAGGAGAGUGGUUCUUGUUGUUUGUUUUGAGAAGCAUAAAACGGUAACUAGGCAACCCAAAUAAUAGGAACGUAACAAGAAAUUAUAGAAUAAACGCGUCAUUUUUCUCUGCAACACCUUCACCUCGUAUAUACUACCGUGUGUAACGCAAAGCAAGGGACAAUUCUUUAUUCAAAAUAUUUCCCCGUUUCUGGUUGGCUUUUAUUUCCUGGCUAGUUCAGCCAGUUCCAGGCUCUUAGAUAGUAAAGAUGACGCGUAAGUGAAAGGCAGGCGAAAAUGUGAGCGUGUGAUCUUGAAAAAGGGGGCGGUGGCGGGAAAAAGGCCGACACCAGUUUCCUCCCGUUUUAUUUUCGUGUUUUCGCGGACGUGACUACGUCGGAGCCUGGAAAAGGCUAAGAUUAUAGUUGGCUUGUAAGGUAGUGUCCCAGAAUACUUCAGAUACUUAUAUUAACUUUCCGCGCCAGUUUCUUGAACUUAAAACAUAUAUUUGUCAAAAUUCAUUUUCCUUCGUCAUAUUUCUUGUUUAUAUCCUUUUGUUUUUUGUCUUGACAGGCACAUCUACAAAAUUGCGAGGGUCUCCUUACUGCCUGUCCAAACAAUUGCGGGAUUAAAAUUGAAAAUGACAAAGUGACGCCAGUUAAAUCAUCUUUUGUUUCUGAGCUAAUCAUUUUCAGCCUUAGAUAUUAAAUCCUUUAAUACUGAUUCGUCAGUUAAUGUUUUUAUUAGUGUGAAGUCUUAUGUGAAUCGCCUCUUUGACCCUGCGUGAAAACCGUGAGGAUCACGAUCAAUUUACUUUUUUUCACUCCAAAGAUUGUAGUGUCCUUUGCUGUGGGCGCGCUUGGAGAAGGCAGAGCGGGACUGGGCGCUGGCGCAUCUGGCCCCAGUUGUUCAAAAAGUAGAUAGUGCUAUCCAUCGGAGAAAUCACUAUCCAGCGGAUAAGUAUAAGGAAAACCAAUAGCACUAUCCGUUAGAUAGAUAUUAAUCCGGUGGAUAGUACUAUCCAACCUUUAAACAACUAAGGCCUGAUUCUUCCUUAAUCCUUUUCAAUUCUGUCCUUCAUAAGUCUUCUGCUCUCGCCAAUGUAGCCCUUAACUACUAUCUCGGGGAACUCUUUAAUCCACGUCAUUUUAAUUCUUAUGAAACGUCUUCAUUAAACUUUUUGUAUCCAGGUACGAGAGGUCUAUGUUGUAGUAAAUAAACCGGCACUUAUUUUCUUUCAGGCCUCAGAUCACGUUAAAAAUACAUGUCUACUGACAGAAGUUCCUUGUCCAUAUGAAUGGCUGGGCUGUUUCUUGAAGGUAAGUUUUAUUGGUUUUUAACCAUUUAACCCUUUAAGUGUAAGACACAAUAUCCACAUACAAAUUCUUCUCAUCGUUUUCAUUCAUUCUCAUAACCCUUCCUCUUAGAAUAAGUAUCGUUCAUCUUCACGAGCUAAUAGAACUGUAUUUAUCCGAAAAAAAAAAUGAACGAUGCGCUAAAUCGAGUUAAAAAAACUAGUUCUAUACGAAUUUGAACGAAAUAUCUGUCCUUGCCCUUACACCACAUGUUUCGCUCUACCACUACUACCAUCUACUAACUAUAUUUUUAACAAGAAAGGUUAUGUAAAUUUCCUCAACAUGAUCCUACUGUAAGACAAAUAAGCUCAUUUUUAAGGUCCAUUUAGGGGGCUUAUUUUUGGAGGCACUUAUACAUGUAUACGAAGAAAAAUGUGAGUUAUCAAAUUGGCUGGGCUUAUAGGUAUACGUCUCAAAGUCGAUUGAGCUAGUAGCUUACGAUUGCAAGGAAAUCUUAAUUUGUUCUGGGCAUGGAGUUUUUUCUGACACUCUUGAGACGGUAAAGCCUUUUAAACACUGACCCAUGCAAACGUAAAACACAACAACUAAUUCUUUAUUGAAAGUGUAUUACUCAGCUCGAAAAGGUAAAGCAACGUCAAUAGAACAAGGUACGUUGUCAAAUGAAAUGUAGCCCCCAGUUUGAUACAUGUUAGUCUCAAAAACAGUGUAAUCAGCUUCUCAGUUCUGUGUUGGUGACUUCAAAAUCUCCCUCAUCUGAUCAUGAGUCGUUGUCGUCAGUUAAAGCGCAUCGGAGGACGGUUACUUAACCAGAUGGGUUUAAUGCACUUCGAGUUUGUGGGGGAAUGGAGGGUGGUUAUUGCCGGAAUUUUACGGUAUUCAUAGCUAUUAAAUUUAGAACUAGUAAUAACCAAAUAUUAGAGAGUGCGGGCUAGCCUGAAUUUCAUUCAUCCGAUUACUUCGAAGACUCGAAGUAAUCGGAUGAAAUUCAGGCUACGUAAUUUGCGAUUUCUUUAAAAAAUAUGAUUGGGGGUAAAAUAGACCGCAAAACAGUCGGUUUUUUACUCAAAAUCAGUAAAGAAAUCGGUAAAGUGUGGGGCGAGAGAAAAAAAACGACUGUCUGUUUUCCAUACAAUAAGUUCGUUCCCACCAGGGGGUUCAAAAGUGUCGUCGAGCUGUCAAAAAUCUAAUCACAACUCUACCCUCGAAACACACGGUGAUUGAUUUCGAGGAAGAAUAGCGAAUCUUGGCGCUGUAUCCAGUAAUUCUAAAGUAGUAUUUGGCAGUUUUUAGCGUUGCUUGUCUGUUAAGUGUAGUGUAUAUUUAUAGUGAAAUCUGGUAUACAUAGUGGAGGAUCAAAAAUGAGUGGAAGUGGCAGUACGCCAACAAAGCCUGUGCCUUCUGUUCCUCCUAAGAGUGGAUGGAUAAGCUCGGAAAGCACAGGGUCCAGAGAAUAUGUGUUUGUCGUUAGAACAUCAAAGCCUGUCGAAAACCUCUGAGAAAAUGGGUUAUUUUGAUCGCGUUACAGUUUCGUUACACAUUCUAUAUACCGCAAAACCAAGAGACUGAGGGCUCGCAAGAUCGGCUUACAGUAUAAAAUACGGAAAGGGAGGAAACAAAUUUGGGGACGAUUUUCGAAUCCCUGAAACUCAAAUGGAAUUGAAUGAAAUCGCCUGAUUUUACUAACCUGAGCUAGAAUUCUUAUGUAUUUGCCAAAUACUGUAGGAAACGGCAUAAAAAAGCCUUCAAAUUCAUUUUCGGCGAUCGAAAUUUACGGUUUCGAGAUAGCGCUUUAGUUCGCUGUGCAUCGCAACAGAUGAUGACGGAAAUGACGUAAUAAAGUAAAUGUGCGCAAGAUCGGAGCAAUAAAAGGGGAUGAUAAGCCUACACCACUUUUACAUCAUGCCAAAAUGCUGCUCGUUCCAAUAAAGUUUUUUUCCUCGGCUGGGUAGAUUAUGCUCUGGAAGGUUCUACAUUUUCAUUGAGCAAAUGCGAUUUUAGCCGCAUGUUUAACACUGAGAGGUCAUGACACACAUCGAUUAACUGUGGUUAUUGUUUCUGGUCGGCAGGAUUUGCCCUCUGAUGCAACCGGUAUGACCUCUUGAAGCGUGAAGUUUUUUAUUACGGUUAAAUAAGGGUUCCAAGGUAUUCUCCAAAGUGCCUUCUGGAUCUGAAUAACUAAGCGAUUUUUUUUAGUUCGUGAAUGUAAUGUUUUUCUGCAAUGCUGUAUCACGCUGAGCCCAGCUCGUUAGUUUUGUUUGGAGAAUGUUAAAUUACAGUUCGUGUGUGCUCUGGCAAUAAAACGUGGCGCUGAGUAGAGCGGAGGUACAAGGCAACUGUAAUAUCAUCACGACUGAGCCAUUCUUCGGUAGUCCCAAUAGAGUGCCACCUCUUGCGUCUUUGGCUGUGCGUUUUGCGACUACUGGGAAGUCCUUUUUUUUUUCACUCGGCACUUCGUGCCUCGGUCGCCCUUCAGGUAUCUAGGAAGAUCGAAGGAGACUCUGCUGGCAGGGUAGCCUCCCCGCAGACGUUCUUUGGGGUUCGUUUGUCACGCAUUCAUUUCUCCCCCACGGAGAGGGGAGAAAUGAAUGCGUGACAAACGAACCCCAAAAGGACGUCUGCAGGGAGGCUACUGGCAGGGUACCCUUCAGGCGACGGCCCUCGGUCGCCCUUCGGGCGACGUGCCGUGCUCCAGCGAGGAUACGGCUUGCGGUUAUUAAUUUUCAAAACGGCGAACAACAAAGUCGAUCUGGGUCAGAUAAGAAGCGAAGAAAUCGUUUACAGUAGAUUCAUAAAGAUCCCAUUGGGCUAAUUAAUCGUGCUAAGCGACAGGUAUAGACAUUUUUAAAGGUGAGACUUUAAAUAAAACUCCUCUGGACCCAGUGCGGAAAGUGUUUUUGUUGCGCCUACCAGAAAAGUAAGAAGCGUUACCAAAGUUGGCCGACCUACUGGAAAACAAACUUUUCGUUGUCCUCGAGGAAGGAGAAUGUCUGUCCAUAAAAUUUUGCUCUCCGUGCGAAACAAAGGUUAGAAACUGCGCUGCGAUGCUUUCGGGUCCUUUCGCAAAUUAGAGAAAAACUGAACACGCCAACUUACAAUGAACAAUUAUCGCAAUUGAAGUUAAAUCCCCUCAUUCCAAUCCACUUCUUCGUGAUUUGGCUCUGUAAAUCACAGUCAGCGAGAAAAAGCAUCCAGUCUAAAACGCUAACGAGCUGGGCCCAGCGUGACAAAACGUUGCAGAAAAAUGUCACAUUCACGGAGAUAAAGAAAAUAGCUUGGCAUUAUUCAAAUCCAGGAGGCACUUUGGAGAAAUUAAACAAGCUAAAACCCUCAAUCAGCCGCAAUGAAGAGCUUUACAUUUCUAAAGAGGCCAAAACAGAAAAUGCCCUGGCGUCAGAGGGCAAAUCAUUCCGACCAGAGAAAAUCAAUAUGCGUGUCAAGACUAGGCCCCUCAGUAUGAAGCGGCCAAAAUUCGCAUUUGCUCAGUCAAAAAGAUUUCCUCCAAAGCAUGAUCUACCCGACAGAGAAAAUAAUUCAUUGGAACAAGCAGUAGUUUUGCAUGAGGUAAAAGUCGUGUUUUGCUUACCGAUCCCCCUUUUUUACACAGGCGAGAUAACAAUGACGGUGGGCCGUUGCACACAACUUGAAGAACUCUUUGCUUUAACAAACAUCUGAUAAAUAAGGCUUUUGCCAAAUCCUGUUGGUAGGACACAGAAAACAUCUUUUCCCCUGGGCAGCGACUCCAAAGCUUCCCUUUACUCCGAUUUUAAAACAAAUCCCAAUUCUUGCGCGAGCAAAUCAAGGCGAUCAACAUCCGUCAUUUUACAGCGAAAGCUUUAGGAAUUCAUCACGGUACGGAAUAUUGCAAAUGACUUAAUGAAAACAUUACUUGACAUGCAGCUUGCAUCGAAAUAUAGCCAAUUGGAAUUGCCGUGGCUGGUAGAAGCGGGUAACUCGAAUUAAUGUAACGUCUCUCCCUAGUCUCGCUCUCUGUUUUCAGCCUCGUUCCAGACCUUUUGUCUGACUGCUUGCGCGUACUUGAAUACGCAAAAAUACCGACUGUUUUGUAGUUUAGGGGUAAAAGAAAAAUGGCAAAAAAAAGACUUGUUUCAUUUCAGAUUCAGAGAGAAGUGCUUGAAUCACACCUUGAAGGCGAGACCAGAUAUCAUCUUCAUUUGUGUUGUUGCAAAUUAAACGACACCAAGGAUGAAGUGAGAAAUCUUCAACUUGAAGUUGGAGAAAGAGCACAGGCUGUCCAAAAUCAAUUUGAAGAAAGAGUGCAGGCCCUCCAGAAUCAUUUUGAAGACAGAUUACGCACCCUCCAAAAUCGCUUUGAAGAAAGAGUUCAGACCCUAGAAAAUCAUUUUGAAGAGCGGGUAAACUUGCUAACCGUCACUAGCGAUAAAUUGAGGAAGAAUCUGAGUUUCACUAAAAUUAUCUGCGCUGUUGCUGUUGUCAUUCUUGCUGCGUUAAGUGGAAUGUCAAACCAUGAAAGUGCUAUUAGUGAUUUGAAAACAGAAAUGGAAGGUAGAGUGGAUGAAGUUCACAAACAUCGAAAAGAAAAGGUGAGUUGAAGUAUGUAUGAAACCAGCUGGAAACAUAUAAAUGAUUUAGUCAUCCACACUGUUAUUGUUUUCGUUUGCCAUAUUCCGAUACUUGGACUUUGGAAGCUUUUAUUUGUUUAACUUUUGUUAGAGAAGGAGGAAAGACAAGAACCUGAAGAAAACGUACUCUUAUAGAGGGGAAGAGAACUAUCGAAAAACGUCUACAGUAAGGUCAAAAUACAAAAAAAUUGAUUUCUUAAAAACUGAAAUUCUACCUUGUCACCGCAAUGAGAGAUCACGUGAGAUAGUCGGCAUUGCGCCUGCGCAACCUCAUUGCGUUGUUGCUUUCCUCGCGAACGGUACGUGAAUGGUGUACUGAGGGGUUGCAUAAAUCGUUUUCAUUUGUAGCUAGCAAGCUGUGGAAUGAACUACCGCCAUGCAUACAUUAGAAACUCUUAAUGUGUUUAAAAGGCUCUUCAAAAGUUCAAUUUAGAAUCUGUAUACUAGUUUUUGCUUUGAAUAUGUUAAUAAGUUAUUUUAUCAUAAUUACUAUUAUCUAAUCUGUUUUAUUAUUUGCUAUCAUAGCUUAGAUCUUUUUUUAAUGAUAGAUACUUAUAUAAUGACAUUCAAUAUGUAAUGGACGUUAGUUAUUAAAUUGUUAAUUUUUUUUGUUGUUGUUCUACUUAGGUUUUUGUAAUUUUUUUUCUACACGGGCACUUUUGAACGAGUUUUUGUUAGCUUCUAGCUGUUUAGAUGUAUAAAUAAACUGCUGGCUCACUGACUGACUGACUGACUGACUGACUGACGGAAAUUUCCGACGACGAAAAUGCCUACUAAUAGACAAAACCCGUGGGACGAAUCUCCUGAAUUGGCUAGGGAACGAAUUUUCUGCUAGAAACUAUUAAGAAAGGUUUAGGUUACAGUGCUCUGAACACUGCACGAACUGCACUUUCAUGCAUUAUUCAACCAAAACAUAUGGUGUCUUUUGGCUGUUUAUGAAUCUCGCCCCUCCAUACAUCGAUAUUUCGAAACUAGGGAUGGUAAAGUUGUGCUACAUUUUCUUGCUAAUUUAUAUCCUCCAUCCAAGUUAACACUCAAGGAGCUUACCCUGAAGCUUGUUAUGCUUGUUACUUUGGUCUCUGCUCAACGCGACCAGUUUAUCUACUUACUGGAUAUUUUAAAUUGCAUGACACAAACUGAGACUACGUGACAACUGUGCUCUUUCUCGUCACGUACAAUGUCAUACAGUCUAAAACAGGAACCAAGCAACAUGCAAUUAAGCUUGAGGCUCAUUCGCUACUAAGUUCAAGCCGCACAGCACUCGUGCAGCUUCUACAUCUGCUGCCAAACGAAAUGCAGUCCCAUUGGAGAAUAUCUUGACUGCUGCUGGAUGGAAAAGUGACUGUGUAUUUGCAAAGUAUCACAACAAGCUACUUGAAAGAAAAUCCUUUUCUGAAGUAGUGCUCACACACUUUUAAAGACCUUAAUUGACCUCUUAUUAACACUGCAUAUGUGUAUCAGUGUUUUUCUGUUGACAGAUUUAUACAAAACAAUAUACGUUGGAUUUCUAGAAGUGGUCACUUGAGAACUUUGUGCAUGCAGUUACUUUGAAAUCUCACGUGAUCUCUCUGCGGUGACAAGGUAGAAUUAUAAAAUUUAACAAGACUUACCUGUAAGGUGAAGUUUGGGUUCUACCUUGUAACCAUGGCAAUGAGAGAUUUCGUGCCCACCCUUAUGAUUCUCCCACCCUGUGUGUUUGGAUGGUUAUGGUGGCAUGCAUGAAGUCUUAGACUACGAGUAGUCCCCAUUUAUCCUCAGGGAUAGUAGAGCGAGCGAAACGCGAGCGCUACACGUAGUCUGUAAAGUCAUUGAAGAACGAGUUCGCGCAGGCGCAAUGCUAUCUCAUUGCCAUGGUGACAAGGUAGAAUCUAAUUCAAACUUCGCCUUACAGGUAAGGCACGUUUAAUUUUAUAACUUUACUAAACGCUGAGAAUGAAUGACCUCAAAGGCAAGAUACAAGCCUUGAAAACUUUAGACUGUUCACAGUCCUCUAUUUUUCCGUAAGAUCGUCGAGAGCGAGCGCUUUGCGUUACGGGCUGCCAUUGCGUGAGUGUCCAAACUACUUAGGGGGCGGGGGCGGUUUGGGAGGAAGAGAGAAAAACAGAGGGACUGUACUAACAUCAAUACAAGUCGCGUUCAGGAGGCGUGACAGGAAGUUCACGCCUCUUACUAUUCAUUAAUUAAGAAACUCCGCUGGUGAUGAAAAACAUGCCAGACACAUUUAGCAUCUAUUUCGCGUGUUUACAAAUAUCUGCUCGAAACAGUGAUUUUAUACAGUUUCCGGGCCAUUCCUCCAAAUAAAUUCGGCAAACAUGCACAGUUUAAACAUUUUCCUAAUCGAAGCGCUAAGCAUGCUCGCUACACGACAGAUUAAAACGGUUUAACGUCCCGAUAAAAAGCCAGGCAUUUCUGACAGGUCGUUUUUUUUGCGUCGGCGUAGCGUUAAAUUUCAGUUCGUUUAGCAGAAACUGUGUUGCAUGCAACAUUCCCCUGGCCGGGCUGCUUCAAAAGCAUGUUGGCUGACGUGAUUCAUCCUCAGAAUACCAAAAAUCCUUCGUGUGUUGGCGCAAGAUGUGCCUUAUGGUGGUGUUAUUGAAGCGUGCGUUUUAAGUAAUGGUCCGUGUAAGAGGUAGGCAGGCGAACGGCAAAAGUAAUUAAAAGGUGCUAACUUUUAAUCAUUAAUUUCAAUUAAAUCAAGCAAUCUGAUUGGCUGAAAUCCAAAAUCGCCGCCAUAAAACAGAGAGAAACGUGACAAAAACAACUUUUUUUAGCUUUAUUUUCCCCAUUCCCCUGUCCCCUUUAUUUUCCCCAUUCCCCCUUCCCCCUCACGGCCAAGUUUCAGCAUUGUUCUAUGCGCCAAUCAAAAGUUAAAGAGGAAAAUGUGCAACACACGCGCGACCUUGUUGUGACCCCAACUUAGAUGUGACACUUGAGAUGUUAGGAAAUUUGUCUUUUACCUUCGUUGAAAAUCUGCAUUUUUUCUUUAUUGAAUAUUUAUAACAAAUUUACUGUAUUUUAUCACCGGAGUGAUCGUCAAAAUGCUCUUCAACAUGGUUUGCUGCCGUCCUCAACAUGCCGAAUAGCCAUGUGGAAAUUUGGGCCCGGCGUAGUUCUUUUCGUUGUCAGGCCGGAUCAGGAGGAGAUCGGAAUAAUUGUGGCACUAGAAAUUGGAGUACAGCUGGGCAUAAAAGGAGAAAGCGAAAGAUUUGUUGUUUUUACAUGGAUCAAUUUAUUUCUCGAUGUAGAACACUUGAGCUUGAGGUAAGCUGAACUCGAUAGAUUUUUGCACCUCCGCGCGCAUUAUGUGUUAUUCAUUUGUGUUUGCCCUUCUCGAAACUUCCAUAUUCCGUGUAUCUUUACCCAUUUCUCAUUCGAUUUUUUUUCUCUCUAGACUGCUUCAUCAAGCGAAAUGGAAGUUCGCCGUGGACCUUAAGUUAGAAUGAACGAAUUGAAAUUUGUGACACAAGUUUGCAUUUUGUACCUUUGAGGUCUGAGACGGAAGUCGUUUAGGAAUCAUAUAAAUAGCUGUCACUGGUGUUUGAGUUUCUCUUGGUGCGGAAGAUCUAGCGAGCAUGACUGCAGCUUGCCUUUAUUUUUUCCAAGGACGAGAGAGAAUGUAAGAAGGAUUUUUAUAGCGUAAUAUCAAAACCUUGUAAACAGAUAAACUGUAGGAGAGCUUUUUCUUAAACUCGAUUCUCCGAACAUGCAAGAAUUUUUUCUAUCUGGGCAACAUCAUCUUUUUUUCCAAAUGCAGAACAUUUAGAUAACAUUUAGAUUUUAUUUUGUGUACUUGUUGUUGUUCUGUAUUGUGGACAAAUUAUGAACGCGCGACACUGGCGCGUUCGCCAGAUUCGCCACGUGAGAGUGAAUUGCUGCUGUUUACGAUCCUAGUUUUGACAUUUCUUUUGUGAGAGCCGACGUAAAUGUUGUUCUCAACGUCGCUGAUUGAUGUAACACUGGGCUCAUCUUCAUGUAAUUUCAUAUCAGGUUAACUUCCUCGGGUUUGGCGCAUAGAAAUCUUUUAAAUUUCAGAUAUGUUAUAUUUUUCAAGAUAACAAAGCAAUAGACGAAAUAAAAAGUUGUUCGUUUGAGUUUUAAGCUAUCUUAAUUCAACUCUAAAAUUCAAAUUUCGCGCUUUUCGCUGCGUUGACCAAUCAGAGCAUUCAGAUUUAAUUUGAUUAGAGAAAUUAGCGCCUGAAAAAUAACUGACGCUAUUGCCGCGGGCUAUUGUUUUUCUGCCUGCUUCUUAGCUGGACCAUUACUUAAAGAAACGGCGGCUUGUCAACGACUUGUCAGUGUCGGCAACUUAAACUAAACCCGCUGUCAACGCAAAUUAACAUCUAUUGUCUAAUCACCAAUCAGACACCUGCGUUGCUGGUACAACCCGCUCCGUGAACGCGAGCUGCAGUGAUGUUAUUACAGUCCCUCUCUUUUUCUCGUCCCCCUCCCCCUACAGCUAUAAUCUCCAACGCCCGCCUCCCCCUUCGGUACAUUUGAAAAUCAAGAGUUCCUCGACGAUCUCACGAUAAAAUAGGGGACUGUGAACAGUCUAUGAAAACAUCUUAAGACAAGCGACGAAAACAAAUUAACAACACGCUAUCGGAGCGUACACUUGGUCGUCGUGGUAUCAUGCGUAUGUGAGGAUUUUUUGUGUGAUGCACGUGUGACUACCACAAUGUUGUUAAUUUGCAAGGGUUGGUAUGAAGACUUGGGGCCAUAGUGGACGUUGCUUAGUAUAUAAGUAGCUCGAAUUUUUCCUCGGAGUUCAUAGCGUAAAAUACAGUGGCUCACCCAAUAGCGAACGCACGCGACUAACAAAAAAUGUUAUGGACUGGUAACAUGCGAAUCAGCUCUCGCUUUCUUUCCCCGCACCUACCAUUUUAUCAUCUCAAUCAUUUUUAAUUAAACUAAGCGAUUAUUUUAGCCCAUUUUCUUCCAUUUCCCACACGGAACCCUCUAGUGCACGAUAUUGUAGCUAAUUUUCACAUGGAAAACCAAAUUAGGUCGGGGUGGGGCAAGCGGCUAAUCCGUCAACUCAGCGUCUAAUCUGACGGAUCGCGUGUGAGUCGGUUCAAACCCUGGGUAAGCAAAAACAAAAACUUAUUUAUUCCUCGAAUAAAUUAAAAUAUUUGUUGUAGCCGAAAGAGCUCGAAGUGAUCUCAAGGUAUAUCGAAGUAAUUGAGGGUUGUCCAAUACUCACAAAUAGACUCCAUUGGUGUUACUGGUGAGAAGAAGGGUCUCCAUUGGUACCAAUGGUACGAUUGGUACCAAUAGAAAAGCAUCCUAUUCCAAUGGUUCUAUUGGUGAAUAUGCAUCUCAUUAAGGAGACUUAGAUUAUUUUCUCAUGUGGUCUAGCUGGGUACAGGGCAAUUCCAAUGGUCCAUUGGUACCAAUGGUACGAUUGGUACUAAUGGAAAAGCACCCUAUUCCAAUGGUUCUAUUAGUGAAUAUGCAUCUUAUUAAGGACACUUAGAUUACUUUCUCAUGUGGUCUAGCUGGGUACAGGGCAAUUCCAAUUGUCCAUUGGUACCAAUGGUACGAUUGGUACCAGUGGAAAAGCACCCUAUUCCAAUGGUUCUAUUUAACUGAACAUGCAUCUCAUUAAGAGAGUUAGAUUAUUUUCUCAUGUGGUCUAGCUGGGUACAGGGCAAUUCGAAUGGUCCAUUGGUACCAAUGGUACGAUUGGUACCAAUGGAAAAGCACCCUAUUCCAAUGGUUCUAUUGGUGAAUAUGCAUCUCAUUAAGGAGACUUAGACUAUUUUCAGAUGUGGUCUGGCUGGGUACAGGGCAAUUCCAAUGGUCCAUUGGUACCAAUGGUACGAUUGGUACCAAUGGCAAAGCACCCUAUUCCAAUGGUUCUAUUGGUGAAUAUGCUUCUCAUUAAGGGGACUUAGAUUAUUUUCUCAUGUGGUCUAGCUGGGUACAGGGCAAUUCCAAUGGUCCAUUGGUACCAAUGGUACGAUUGAUACCAAUAGAAAAGCACCCUAUUCCAAUGGUUCUAUUGUUGAAUAUGCAUCUCAUUAAGGAGACUUAGAUUACUUUCAGAUGUGGUCUGGCUGGGAAAAAGGCAAUUCGAAUGGUCCAUUGGUACCAAUGGUACGAUUCGUACCAAUGGAAAAGCACCCUAUUCCAAUGGUUCUGUUGGUGAAUAUGCAUCUCAUUAAGAGAGUUAGAUUAUUUUCUCAUGUGGUAUGGCUGGGUACAGGGCAAUUCCAAUGGUCCAUUGGUACCGAUGGUACGAUUGGUACCAAUGGAAAAGCACCCUAUUCCAAUGGUUCUGUUGGUGAAUAUGCAUCUCAUUAAGGAGACUUAGAUUAUUUUCUCAUGUGGUCUAGCUGGGUGCAGGGCAAUUCCAAUGGUCCAUUGGCACCAAUGGUACGAUUGGUACCAAUGGAAAAGCACCCUAUUCCAAUGGUUCUAUUGGUGAAUAUGCAUCUCAUUAAGGGGACUUAGAUUAUUUUCUCAUGUGGUCUGGCUGGGUAAAGGGCAAUUCCAAUGUUCCAUUGGUACCAAUGGUACGAUUGAUACCAAUGGAAAAGCACCCUAUUCCAAUGGUUCUAUUGGUGAAUAUGCAUCUCAUUAAGGGGACUUAGAUUAUUUUCUCAUGUGGUCUAGCUGGGUACAGGGCAAUUCCAAUGGUCCAUUGGUACCAAUGGUACGAUUGGUACCAAUGGAAAAGCACCCUAUUCCAAUGGUUCUAUAGGUUAAUAUGCUUCUCAUUAAGGGGACUUAGAUUAUUUUCUCAUGUGGUCUAGCUGGGUACAGGGCAAUUCCAAUGGUCCAUUGGUAUCAAUGGUACGAUUGGUACCAAUAGAAAAGCACCAUAUUCCAAUAGUUCUAUCGGUGAAUAUGCAUCUCAUUAAGGGGACUUAGAUUAUUUUCUCAUGUGGUCUGGCUGGGUACAGGGCAAUUCCAAUGGUCCAUUGGUACCAAUGGUACGAUUGGUACCAAUGGAAAAGCACCCUGUUCUAAUGGUUCUAUUGGUGAAUAUGCAUCUCAUUAAGGAGAAAGAUUAUUUUCAGAUGUAGUCUGGCUGGGUACAGGGCAAUUCCAAUGGCACCAAUGGUACGAUUGGUACCAAUGGAAAAGCACCCUAUUCCAAUGGUUCUAUUGGUGAAUAUGCUUCUCAUUAAGGGGACUUAGAUUAUUUUCUCAUGUGGUUUAGCUGGGUAAAGGGCAAUUCCAAUGGUCCAUUGGUACCAAUGGUACGAUUGGUACCAAUAGAAAAGCACCCUACUCCAGUGGUUCUAUUGGUGAUUAUGCAUCUCAUUAAGAGAGUUAGAUUAUUUUCUCAUGUGGUCUGGCUGGGUAAAGGGCAAUUCCAAUGGUCCAUUGGUACGAAUGGAACGAUUGGUACCAAUAGAAAAUGAUGUCAUUCCAGUGGUUCUAUUGGUGAAUAUGGAGACAUUCAAACUUCUGCUGUUUUUUCACGGCAAGGGGUGCAAUCCUGAAAUCAUCAGUAGAUGGAUUCUUCUAGCUCAGUCCUGGGCCUCAUCGCAAGGUACAGCCGAGAAAAGAGCACGGCAAAUACAAUUUGUCAACGACAACGUUGACAUUAAAUACAUCAAUGGUUUUACUACGACCUUGAUUAUAGCAAACUGGUGUACCUCAAUGGGUUACCACGACAAACCCCACGUCAACAGUCAAAAGUGACUUCAGUCACUUGAAUAUAAAACGGCCCUCUUAGGAGCCACCAAAUACUAUACAAAGUCAUAACCAACAGCAUGAUAUAACCACCCUUUUCGGAAACUCUUCAUUGAAAACUUGUUUUGGUUUAAACGCUUCCAUGUAGAUAAUGAAAUUGCGCUAAGAAAUUUCAGAAGUUAAUUACACAGUGAGUUGAGUACAGUUGUUAAAACCUGUUGCCUCAAUACCACUUUGCUAGUUUCGCGCCUUUCCGCGUUAAUUGUUUCGGGUUCUUUUAACGAGUAAGAAUUACCAAAAAAUAGUGCUUGCGUUCAGGAAAGAAGACAUUCAUAUGUCAUGUUGUUGUUUGCUCGUGAAUAACAAUAGACAGAACGAACCCGACAGUGACGCGUUACCUUUCAAUUUUAAUGUUCGUACGAUGUUUGUUAUACUCACAGCACCUUGAUAUAUUAUUAGCGCUAGAUAUAUAGGUCGCCCUCGCUUUGUAACUAUUAGCGCGUUUCUACUUUGUGUGAAAGCGAACUUGUUUUGCGUGGUUAGCCUAUAGAACGAGGAAUAUUCAUAAGAAUUAUGGCGCGUUUUUAAUUGGUGUAACAGCGAACUUGUUUUGCGUGGUUGGCUUAUAGAACGAGGAAUAUUCAUAAUAAUUAUUAGCGCGUUUUUACUUAGUGUAAAAGGCAACUUGUUUUGUGUGGUUGGCUUAUAGAACGAGGAAUAUUCAUAAUAAUUAUUAGUGCGUUUUUACUUGGUGUAAAAGCGAACUUGUUUUGCAUGGUUGGCUUAUAGACCGAGGAAUAUUCAUAAGAAUCAUAGCGCGCGUGGUGUAAAAGCGAACUUGUUUUGCGUGAUUGGGAUAUAGAACGAGCAAUAUUCAUAAGAAUCAUAGUGUGCUUUUACUUGGUGUAAAAGCGAACUUGUUUUGCAUGGUUGGCUUAUAGAACGAGGAAUAUUCAUAAGAAUUAUAGCGCGCUUUUACUUGAUGUAAAAGCGAACUUGUUUUGCGUGGUUUUCUUAUAGAACGAGGAACGUUCAUAAUAAUUAUUAGCGCGUUUUCACUUGGUGUAAAAGUGAACUUGUUUUGCACCAAUAGGACCAUUGGAAUGGCAUCAUUUUCCAUUGGUACCAAUCGCACCACUGGUACCAAUGGACCAUCGGAAUUGCCCUAUACCCAGCCAGGUCACAUGGGAAAAUAAUCUAAGUCCCCUUAAUGAGAUGCAUAUUCACCAAUAGAACCAUUGGAAUAGGGUGCUUUUCCAUUGGUACCAAUCGUACCAUUGGUACCAAUGGACCAUUGGAAUUGCCCUGUACCCAGCCAGGUCACAAGGGAAAAUAAUCUAAGUCCCCUUAAUGAGAUGCAUAUUCACCAAUAGAACCAUUGGAAUAGGGUGCUUUUCCAUUGGUACCAAUCGUACCAUUGGUACCAAUGGACCAUUGGAAUUGCCCUAUACCCAACCAGGUCACAUGGGAAAAUAAUCUAAGUCCCCUUAAUUAGAUGCAUAUGCACCAACAGAACCAUUGGAAUAGGGUGCUUUUCUAUUGGUACCAAUCGUACCAUUGGUACCAAUGGACCAUCAGUUUGACGAAUCGUAUCCGUUUGUGUAUAUUGGACAUGUGUGAAGUAAUUCCGUUCUCUGUCCGUGAGCUUCGUGAGCAACUUUGGGACAUUCCUGAGCGUCGCGAUCCUUUUGAUUGGCGCGAUGGCCAAGUAAUAAGUUAAGAUUAGUUUUGUAUGGUUACAUACAAACUUGUACACAAGAUUCUCGCUUUGUUAAUAUUGCACUAAACAGCAUUGCUGAAAAGCCCAGGCUCCGCCCUUAAGGGAUACCUUUUUCAGGGACGGGGUAUUGAAACGUUCGCUGAUCUAUCCGAAAGUAUGAAAAUAAUGAAGCAUUUGGAAUUCUGUGUCUAUAGACUGACAUGACAAAGCAAAAUUGAAUUGCUGGUUUUCACAUGACGUCACCAAAAUUCCAACGACAAAACUAUCGAUCCUCCCGAGAUUUUACUUUCACGAUGUAUUAGAGCAGCUGAAAACUAAUUUUGUUUCAAAUUUUCGCUUCAAAAGGGUUCUUGGUUUUGUGAUAGAACUACGCUGAAUUUCUAAGCUUUUGGGUAACGCGGCUUUUAAUUAAAAAAAGUGACUUAUUUCAGGAAAUUUUCCUACCUAAACAAUUCAUGUAUUAGAAAAAGUAUUGCUUUAAUGUUUAUGAGUUCUUCGAAGUAUAAAUUCACCCUUUUGUAGCAAAACUCGGUAACAGUUGUUUCUGUUGGUUUCCGUCUGCCAUGUUGGUGCUCAUCCGGAUGAGCACCAGCAUGGCGUCUCCAUACAAAUCUCUAUAAAUUUGGGUAAAACGUUUCUUCGAAUUUAAUUUCUCGUAUACGAAAUAUUCCUCUGACCUGAAUCUUGGCGAGGAUCUUUGCAUAUUUACCUCCUUUCAUUUCCCAGAUUCUUGACUUUAUCUAUUGAACGGUUUUGAUUUUUAUUUUGAUCUAUUUUGAAUGGCGUGACACUGAAAACCAGCAAUACGGGUCAACUUCAGAGGUCAGAGGUUAAAUGAUUCCGAGUAUAUGUUUGUAGAAAUAGAAUUCAAAAUGUUAGCUUUAUCGUUAUAGACUACUGUCUCAAAGAGCUGCAUGGCACCAUGUUGUUUUAAGUUAAUGUUAGCAAAAACAGAAUUGGGAUUUGUUCUUUUGUAUUACAGGAUCAAAUACGAUGCUGCGUGCUCAUGCAAUAGUAUUCUAGACGUUCUAUGUUAUUUUUCAGACCGAUCUCUUCACACUCGACAGCGGUAACUAUAAACAGAAAAUCAGACAGUUUGAAACUAAAAUCCAGGUAAGAAGAAAAUAAUAGCUUACGUAGUCAUUCACGUUCAUGAUCUGAAUAAAUAAAGUGAUCAAUUUACCUCGUUAACCCUUUAAGCCCAAAUAACCUCAUACAAAUUCUCGGGAGUAACUAAUAGUCGUGGGUUGUAGGCACCGGGUCUUGGGUAGUGGGUACAAAGUCGUGGGUCAUGGGUAGCAUAGACCUACGAAACAAAAAGAAGAAGAGGUCCCUGAGGGUAGUGGGGUUACACCUCAAAUGUUUCUGAGUAGGGGUUGUGGUAGGAUAGCUAGUAGUACCUGGACAUCCCAAGUAUCGAGUUAAAAAGGGAAGGAGGCAUUUAUAGAAAAGUUAUAUUAGUAUACCGAGUGGCAGAAGGAAAAAUUCUUGUACCGGCCUCCUAUUAUUAACAUCAAGGAAAAAUAUCUUUUCGGAAGAAGAGUAUUCUAACACCAGAGAGCUCGGAAAAAAUUCCUAGCUCUGGCUGGGAAUCGCACUGACGACCCUCCGAGUUCUAAUUCGUAUGCUCUUAUAGCCACUGAUCUGCUGGAGGCUCUAUGGCGCGCAGUGUCGAAAUUUAACUGUUAUUAUACCAGUCAUAAAGGAUCAGUAUCGAGGACCUGUUAGACAUUUUUACGAAGAAAAUGCAAGGGAAAUAUGUUACGAAAGAAAACAAUUCGUGCAGCCCGAAAACCCCCCCUCCCAUAACUUUUCUAAUGGACGCAUAUAUAUGAUCAAAUGCGCGUUACAGAGAUACACGAAAAACAUAAUAAAAUGAAUGAUACCGUAUGAUAGCCAUGUGUCUGUGCAACAACAUGACACCCAGCUAGACGCAAACCCCCCUCAAUUUGAGAGAGACACUGAGCUUUGAAAGAAGGAGAUAAGCCCCGGUACAAAACUUCAGCAAAUCCACACUCUCGCACAAAGCAUAGUCUUUAGAACAACCCCACCCCCUGGAAUUUAACCCGGAUACCCCAAAUGCAUACCAGAUGAUAGCCCUGUGUCUGUGCAACAACAUGAGACUUAGCCUGGCGCAAGCCUCGCUAAAAAAAAAAUUAGCUGGCUCAACGGGGGCAACAACAACCACUCGUUCAUAAAAUCAAAUAAGCGCCCCCGGCCCCUCUCCUCGCUUUCACGAAUAUUAGGGAUACAAGAGGAAUGCAUAUCAUUGACGAGGAUGAUGAGAUCAUCGAUAUUUUAUAAACGUGCAAACCGACACAUUUGUGUGUUUAUUGUUUACUACGGUACGCUUGGUUUAAUACACGAAAGACUAUUAAUAUUAACUUUACUUUUCUAUAAGGACUUAGCCGAUUCAAAGUUACACUUCUUUGAAAGGAAAACUUGAUAAGUGCCCUCCUUGAUUAAGCGCCUUCCUUCCGAUAAGCGCCCCCUUCCCUUCCCCCUUCUUUUAGCCGUAAUCUUAAAUAAGCGCCCGGGCACUUAUUCAACGAAAUAGGGCACACCACCAUUACACUUUCAACGAGAUCAGUUUCUCCAAUUAGACUUUUCGAAAGGCCUUUAAUUUGUUAUUUUAGGGGGAACAUUUUGUCGGUCUUAAAAUCGUGGUCUGUACCAUGUUUUGCUGCACUGAAGACUUUGAAAUCGCGAAUUUCGCUAAAAGUACUGAGCCCCGUGAAGUACAAUAAUAGUAAGGAAGAUCAAGGCACAUGAAAACCUUUCGCUUUUUACUUUCACGAAUGCAGGCCCUGACAACCAGACUGGACAGUCCCAGAGUGGUCUGUGAUGAGAAGGCCACAGCUUGGGACAGUCGCCCCGAUUUGUCGUCCAUCAUGUCUUUAAACCAGCAUAACGUCGAGUGCCCGCAAGGUUUGUUCUUGGCCAGAUUCCAACUCAAGGCGGAGACCAACAUGGAACGGCUGAUCAGUUUCGAUUGGGAUAUGAUACACAGAGUUAGCUACCAUUACCACUGCUGCAAGUUCAUUCUGUAAGACCCCGUAGGGGCGUGGCUCAAAUAUUUAAUCAGUCAACAUUUCUUACCUAACAAAGUACUAGUAAGUGAAAUAAUCUAAAACACAAUACAACAGCCCGUUCAUCCACCUGACCAGAUGAUAUUUUUUUAACAUACGUUACAGACCCGUUGCCCAUGUGCAGAUGUGACGCACUACUUAGUAAAAGGCCUAGGUACUCAUACAUUUUACCUGUUAA